AUGUAAAAAUUAUUCGCAAUCUUCUGUAUCGGUCUUUUGGCUUGCUCCAUGACCACAGUUUCUGCCAGAUCAUGCAAGGCUUUGGUUAUUGCUGGUGGUGCUGACUUAGGCUCUUACGAAGCCGGUGUUAUUUAAGGAUUAGUUUAAGCCUAUAAUGAACUUGGUUAAGUCAGCGAAGUCUAUUGGGAUGUCAUUUCAGGUGUCUCUGUUGGAGCUAUCACUGCUGUUGGCUUAGGUUAAUUCCCCAAGGAAUAAACUGUUGAAAUGGCUAACUGGGUUGUUAAUUUAUGGGAAAAUAUUUCAAAGUCUGAUGUUUAUAGCAAUUACCUCGGUGGUGUCGUUCAAGGUUUCCUCUUUGAAGAAUCUCUCUUCAAGACUGAUCCUUUGAGAGCUUUCUUAAAAAAGAAUGUAACCAGAAAAUAAACCAGAAAACUUGUUAUUGGUGUUACCAAUGCCAAUACUGGUGAAUAUGAAAGAUAUAACGAAUCCUUAUCUGAUGCUGACCUUAUUGAAGCCGUUAUGUGCUCUUCUGCUGUUCCAGCUUUCUUCCCCUAUCAAAUCUUCAAGGGUAACACCUACUUCGAUGGUGGUGUCGUCCGUGCUGCUGAUGUUUUUGGUGCUAUUGACAGAUGCAAAGAACUUGUUGACGAUGUUAGCCAAAUCACUGUUGAUGUUAUAUUAGUAACUUCAAAGACAUUCGAACAAGAUGUUCCUGAUGAUUUGAAGCCUAUUAAAGUUGGUACCCUCUCUCAAAAAGUAAAGGACCACCACAAUGCCAGAAGAUCUUUACUUGAAGCUUACGAAGCCUUCCCCACUAUUAACUGGAGACACAUUAUCAAUCCUCAAACUAAAUUACCAGAUGCUGAUUUCCCUUUCAAUUUCAACCACAAAUAAUUACUCUAAAUGAUCGAUUAAGGUAGAAAUGAAGGACGUGCUGCCGUUUAAUAACAUACUUCAUACGAAUCCUCUAGAAAUGGUAACGACGAAACUAGUAACUUAUCUCUCUCUGCUAAGUUAGCUUUUAUGGAUGCUUACGAAGCUGUUUUCGACAGAUACAACAUUUCUUAUAACAAAACUACUUCUGCUUGA